ACAGCCCCCGCCGGCCCCCGCCGUGGGGUUUGGGGUGACUCUACGGCGAGCGGGCGAAGAGGGGAGCGCUGCCGGGCACAGCCCCGCAGCCCGGGCAGGGCCCCAGGGAAGGACACAAGGCCGUCAAUGCAGGGACACUUGGCAGUGCCCCUCUGUAUCUCCUGGCAGUGGGAUGGGGUCCCGGACAAUGGGAUAGUGCCCCAGACAGCGGGACAGAGCGUCACACCCAGGGGUAGAAAAUGGCGAGAGAAGAACACUCUCGGGGGCUCUGGCAAGUGGCAGGUAGAAGUGGGAGAGCCGACCUCGCCACUCCUGGGAGCACUGGAGUCAGAGCUCAUAACGGAGAGCAGCUCAAAUCCUGUCUUCAUGAGGAAGGAUACCCUGAGCAGCUUCCAGUGGCGGAUCCGUAACCUGCCCUACCCCAAGGAGGUCUACAGCGUCUCCGUGGAGGAGGAGCAGCGCUGCUGUGUCAUCCGGACCACCAACAAGAAGUACUAUAAAAAGUUCUCUAUUCCUGAUCUGGACCGAUACCACCUCCCCUUGGACGCAGCUGCCCUGAGCUUCGCCCAUGCCAACAACACCCUGAUCAUCACGUACCAGAAGCCGAAGGAGAUCCUGGCCGCAGAAGAACAGCUGCAGAAGGAGCUGAAGAAGAUAAAGGCAGCUAACAGUGGGGAUGGAGACUGUAAGACCCAGUAGGCAGCGGCUGCUCAGAGGUUGAGGUGAGGGGCAGCUCUCUGGCACAGCUUCACGGUAUUUAUUUUGCCUUAUCUAAUAAAAAUUAGUUCUGUGGUUAA